UCGCGGAUCGGAUCGGAGUGAAGAGAUCGAGAGGCUGCUUCGAACAAAAACGCUAGCAGACGAGAUUUUUGCGAAUAGGUUGUGCGGUCGUACUGGUAAUGAGCGCGGUAUUCCUAGGAUUCAUGUCGCCUCUGUCGGUUAUUAUUUCCAAUUAUGCUCCAAUGUUAUAAUUGUAAUUAGCACGGAUCGUUCAUUUUGUUGACCCACUAUCUUAACUUUCAUCAGAUAAUAAAUUCGAGCCAAUUCGUCUUGGACGGGAUGGCUACCAGGACCGAGCGAUGUUCUUCAUCGGAAGGCCAGGGCCAAGGGCAGGGUAGUGAUGCAGGGGCCGCAGCAGGGGAUGUGGACUGGAAGGAGAGGUGCCGCACCCUUGAAGGCCAACUCGAAAAAUUUCGUUUACAGGCCACCAAAAUUCGAUCUGUCCUGGGUGAAAAGAUGCAAGAACUGGAAGAGAAGGUCCAAGUGUCAACUACAAGAGCUGAAAAGGCAGAGAAAGAAGUUGAAGAGCUAAAGAAAAAACUGGAAGAUCUGAUCAAAUCUGAAAGUAAGCAAGGGAGUCAGGAACAGAAACAAGCUUCUAACAAACGUAUUAUUGCAUUAGAGGGACUAUGUAGAGAAAAAGAAGAUAUCAUUCAGCAUCUAGAACAACAGCUCCGAGAACAGCAAGACUUGAGAGCCCAGGAGAGCCUUGUCGUUGAGAGCAAAGUGACCAAGAUCAAGAAAUGGGUUGCUGCAACUGUAGGAGAGCUUGAAGAAGAGAACAAAAGAUUGGUUAUUCUAAACGAAGAUGCAAAUGACACAAUCAGAAAACUACAACUCAGACUAAAAAAUCAAGAGAAUGGUCAAUAUCAUGCGGACACUUCAGGGCGUUCCAACGGAUCAGAUGAUGUGUUAGAUGUUAGACCAGAUUCCGCCCUUUCAGAAGAUCCACCUCUUAUACCAGCCAGACCCACCUCAUCUAGCAUCAGAGAUCAUCUUAUAGCAGUCACCACGGAAACAGAAUUGAAUGGAAAUGAUAUCCACCACAGACAGGAAGUGACUUCUGAGAUAUAUGACAAUGUUGAAGAAGAGCCUCUUUUUGCCGUUGGUCCGGUGAUCAAUCAUGUGGAAGAUGGUGCUAAGAAAGACUGGAGGACAAACCGGAAUGAAUCCAAUUCAAACAAUGGACAAGCUCUGACCCCAGGAAGUGAAAUGUCAGGGUCUGAGGAAGACAACCUGAUUGACAGUGCAGACCUUGAUCACUCCAUGUCUUUGUUAUCAACAUCAAGUGGUGGACUGUCACCAGAUAUACCCCUAGCCACACUUGCCCCUCCUCCAACCCCGUCCACACCUGUUGGAGAAGAUGGAGCAAACCUUGCACAAUGCUUGAUCAAAGCACAGGACAAACAAACCACGAGAACAAAGCCACCACGUCGCAAAUCAUCAAGGAAUGAUGAUGAAGUCAUUCCAUCUGCUCUAUCUCUUAUUGCUGACUCUGUCAGUGCAACCGCCGAGAUGCUUCAGAAUUCAGUCAAACCUAAGCAUUUUCCCAUAAUGGAGCUAAAUAACGGUGAAACCCUUGAUAUAUCCCUUCCCACCUUUGAAAGAACAGUCUCCAAUGCUGUCCACAAUCUAGAAUUUGACUCCACUUUAGAAGGUUUUGAUGAUGAUGUCUUCUUAGAGGGUGGAUAUGCUCGCAGCAGUGACUAUGCAGAGUUGUUGAGGACACGUUCCCUGAGCCAACAGUCUGGUCAGGAUGACAGCUACCAGAGCUUGAAGAAGGUUCAGAUGAAAAAGAUGCAAAAUGGGGUUUUAAUGGAAGGUAGUCAAGACAUCCUUGAGGUACCAGAGCUACCAUCAUCAGAAGAAGGUUAUCAAAGUCUCAGGAAUGUUCACGAUCACUUUGACAACCUUCGAGCGAAUGAUGCUGUAGAGGCACUACCUGAUGUUUGUGGGUAUGAAGGGGGUGGCGAUGAGAAGAGUAGCCCUGCUUUUGAUCCAGCCUUUGACCUGGACUAUGAUGAGCCUCCGGACGAUGAUUCGUUGUUGAUGGAAGAAUCCGCAGAUAAUGCUGGAAGUCGAGAGUCUGUUGACUCUGGUAAACCUCCACCACCACCAGAAAGGAAAGCACCAUCAUGGGAAACCAGAAUUUAUGCCUUGGCUGAAAAUGGUCUCAAAAUGUCUCCAAGUGUCGCACCUGUUAUAGAUUCUUCAGUAGUUACUCCUGUACCAGUUUGUCUUGUGGAAGAAGGAUCAAGUACAAACAGCCUCUUUAGAGAUGUGGAUGUUCCAGUGUACACAACUUUAAGAGGGCGUUUGACUCUGAUCCGCUCCACACCUUUCACGGGUGAAUCCUCCGACUCCUCUGACGAUGAAUCAAGUUCCAAGCCACCCCCUCCUCCUGCCUCUCACUCUAGUCCCCAUGGAUCUCUCAAGUUCCUCAAGUCAAGUAAAGGAACUGGUGGAAGUCUCAAACUCACAUCUUCCUCUUCAAUGGGUAGUCCUAAGAAGAAGAUGGCUGCAGGAUCAUCUUCUACUCUACCUUCAGCUGGUCAGAAGAGAGGUGUUUCAACCCAAUCUUCAGCCUCCGAUGCUGAUUAUUCUAUACCACCUGAUGCUAUAAGGUCACAUGAUGGAAACAGCUCUGAUGAACCGGAACCUAAAGCUAAGCUUCUCAAGACAUGUAGUCUAGACAAAGCUUCUAAGUCAAGUUCAGAUUCCCUUGAUAAGUCAGACAAGGAGCCCUUAGAGAAGGCUGGUUGGUUGACUAAAUUAGGUGGUCGGGUGAAGACUUGGAAGAGACGAUGGUUUGUUCUCAAAGUUGGACAGUCUGAGCUGCUCUAUUACAAAUCACCAAAUGACACUUCAAGGAAACCCCGGGGCCAGGUUCCUCUUGACAAGUUCUGUAAGAUAGCACCCUCUGAGGGUCUACAGACGUUUGAGCUAGCAACAUCUAAGAGGACUUACUACCUUACUGCAGAAUCACCGGCUGUCAUGGAGGAAUGGAUUAAAUUAAUUGAGAGAGUAUUGGAGAAAUACAGGAAACCAAGUGAGUUACCCUUAGCACUGCCUCAAGGUGUUACUAUGCAAGGCUGGGUCACCAAGGUUAAACUAGGAAACUCUAAGAGGUGUUGGUUUGUUCUCGCUGAUAGGAACCUCAAGUACUUCAAAUCAGACAAAGAUAAGUCUCCCCUUGGGUCAAUAGAUAUGAGAGAAGCAUCUGUUUCUGAGGUUGACCAAUCAGCUGUAUCUGAUGAUGAAGGAGAUGAGAAGACAGAACCAACAAAGUUUACUCUCUCAAUUAUUUCUCGUAAGCCAGAUAAACAAAGUACAACCUUCCUCAACUAUUCAUCACAAGAAGAAAAGGAUUCCUGGUUGUAUCAUCUUAUGGUUGCAAGUGGUGGGAGUGGCAGCAGCUCACCUGAUGGUGGUACGGAAUUUGAAAACAUCAUCAAGAAGUUGAUGAACAGUGAGAACCCCCUCUCUAGUCCACUUUGGAAGCAUCCUGUCAUGUUGUAUUCAAAGGAGAGUCGGGAUCGCCCCCUCACCACACUACUAUCUGAUGCUCUUAGCAGAGAGGCUGUCAAAUUUAGUAAGGCAUGUAAUUUAUUCAUUAGUUCAUCAGUGGACAUGCCUGCUGUGGACUAUCAUGUCAACCUGGCCCAGAAUGCAUUGCAAACUGGUCUAUCUCAUACCGAGCUUCAAAAUGAAAUGUACUGUCAACUGAUUAAACAAACCAAUCACAGACCAGCAUUAACAAAAGCAGUGAGUGCUGAUGAUAGUACAGGAGAUAAUUCAUCAAGUAAUCAUGUGAUCAGUCAAGCAUGGCAGCUACUAGCCAUGAUAUGUCAGCUCUUUCUUCCUUCUCAUCAGUUUAUGUGGCUUCUCAAAACACAUCUACAAAGAUUAGCUAACUCAAAAACUGAAGGAGGGAAAUAUGCCAUAUUCUGUCAGCGAUCAGUAGAACGUACCAACAGGAAUGGAAGAAGAGAGGCCAGACCAUCUAAGCUUGAGGUCUUAUCUAUAGUACAGAGACAUCCAUAUUAUCACUCUAAACCUAUCAGCAUUCCAGUUCACUUUGCUAAUAAUACUUAUCAGGUUGUAGGCUUUGACAGUUCAAUGACUAUCAAGGAGUUCUUACGUCAGCUGAACCAUCACAGCGGAAUGAGAUCAGAAGAGGAAUCAGGUUUUGCUCUGUUUACUGAUGACCCAUCUGGGAAACAGAUCCAGCAUUGCUUGCAAACAAACGUCAAGAUAUGUGAUGUCAUCUCAAAGUGGGAACAAGCUUUCAAGGAAUGCAAAGCAGGCAAGAAAGAUGGCUCAAAGAUCAUCAGACUUACAUACAAACAUAAAGAAUACCAGAAACAAUGUAGUCACAGUGAGACAGAUAGAGAACGAUUGUUAUUAGCAUAUCAAGUUAAUUCAGAUCUUGUUGCUGGAAGGUUUCCCGUUAGUAAAGAAAUGGCAUUGGAAUUAGCAUCAUUAAUGGCUCAGGUUGAUUUAGGUGAUUGUAAAUUAGGUUCAACUUCUGAACCUUCCUCUGGUCCUGUUAGCUCAGCUAGUAAUCAAACAUUAGAAACCAUCCUGGAAAGGUUCUAUCCCAUCAGGUAUCAACCAGCUGCAGAAAAUGAAAGAAGGAAGCUGAAACACAAGAUAAACGAGAAGUGGAAUGAACUUAGAGGGCGUAGUCAGACUGAGUGUAUCCGUAUCUAUGUGACGGUCCUCAGGAAAUGGAGGCACUUUGGAGCGUACGUCAUACCCGCCACUGUGAGUCUCUCGUUUGGCAGUUUUCCAAGUAUACAGUGCAAGUAUGGAAAACAGGAACGAGUCUGGCUGACUGUCUGUGAGAAUGGUCUCAGUAUCUUAGAGUUCAAUUCACUUGAGGAUAAGAUCUCGUAUCCCUUAUCAUCCAUUGUUACGUUUGGAGGUUGUCGUGACGACUUCAUGCUGGUAGUAAGAAAACAAACAGAAGAUGAUUCUGACUUCACUACAGAUAAGCUGAUGUUUGACAUGACAAAAGCAAAGGUAUCUCAACUGACCCAUUUGAUCAGUCAUUUCAUUCGGACGAUGGUCAAAGCUAAAGGUCUACCCCCAGGACCAUUGGCUGAUGAGAAACAUAGAAAGCCACCACCACAACCCAAGCAGAUAUCAAGCAUUAAAUCAAGUAAAACAUCACUAGCAUCAUCAUCAUCUGCGAAGAGUAAAGAUAGCAAGGAUGGGGUGAUUGGAAUACCAGUUUAGGAAGUGAAUGAUUGGUAUUAAAGAAGUCCUUAACCAUCACCUCAAACCUAACAAUGAGCACAGAAUCAAGUUUGACCUAAGUAGCAUAGACAUUGGCUAAAAGUAAGGAUAGCAAGAGAAUGAUAAUAUGAGUUUGAUUUUUUAAAAAAUACAGAAAGCGCAACCCAUCAUGUUUACCAAAUUAAGACUACAGGUUGAUGGUCAAAUUAAUUUCUAAUAGGCAAUAACAUACUGACUAGGUGUAAAGACAGCAAGGAUUAAGUGAUUGAGAGAGGAGGUUAGCACUAUGCUGAUUAACUUUUCAUUGCAAUGAAAAUAUGAUUCUUGAAAAUGUCUUGAUAUUCACAGUGCAUGAUUUGACAUUCAAUCGCUUCGGAUCAAUAUAUUGCUACUUAAACUGGGAAUUGAUUUUUAAAAGCAGUCAAGUAUUGCGAUGAUAAAUUUGCUACUAGACCAUGGAGACACCAUGAACCAGCUUCUAAUACUUAUAUUUAACACAAGUACACGCAGAAAAAAAGUAUUUUAUGAAUAUUUUGGCAGCUAUAUCAUAAUGAAUUGAAUACACUGCUUGUUGCAGUAUUAAUUGAAUUCAUUCUAACUUGAAAAAAAAAUAAGUACAGUGCCAUUUUGUGUUCAGUGGCAGUCAAGUUGAAAUUACUUCUCUUAUCUUCUUGUAACCUCUGUUUUUUUUUUCAUUUAUUGAUUCUUACAAACUUGUAUUUUGAUAAAAUAUCUGAUUAAUAUUCCAUUUAGUAAGUAUACUCCCUUCUAUUGUUCAUUGUGAAUUAUAAUCAACUCACGUUUUUGCAAGUACUUGUAUCGCUUGCUUUUUUGGUGCAAAUUGUUUGCAAAUCAACUCAUCAUAUGGCAAUAUUAUUUGUUUUCUGUAAUAUUUAUUGGAUAUGCAAAGGACAUAUCUUAUCAAACCUCUUGCCAAUUAUCCUGUUAAAUAUGACUUUUUUUAUUUAUGGAAUUAUAGACAAGCGCAUGUUGACAUCAGAAUUGUGUCUGAACCAGCAAAUAUGAGGAGCAUGCUUGAUGUACACACAUGCUCAUAAAACCAUCAGAAUCUUAGCUUGCUCUAUUUUGUAUGUGUGUAUUACAAAUACUCUUCAUAAUACCACAGGGUAUUCAUGAUAUCAGAUUUUAGGCUUGUAGAUGGUUUUGACUGCCUGUACAGUAAGAGUGAUAUCUUUACUCCUUAUUUCAUAGUGUGCAGAUGCAAAUAAUAUAUCAUUUGUCUUUGUAUUCAUGCUUUACUCAAUCUUUUUCUUAAAAUAAAAAUUAUACAUGCAAAUUGCAAUCAACAUAUGUAUUUGAUGAAUUAAAAUAGAUGCUUACACAAUAUAGACUAUACAAAAAAAUAUUAGGUCUAACUCAUUAAAAACACACACUGUAAGUCCAGUGCAUUGAUUGCACAGUGCAAUACAUUGUAAAUCGAAGAUGGCCGCCAACCUGACGAUAGUGGCCACUUUUAUCAUUCCUUCGAUGGCCACUAUACACAGGUUUGACUGUAUGUGGAGUUUGCUGUAUGUUCAAAAUACCUCCAUUUCGGGGCAAGGCUUUCCACCAGAAUAUUUCAAAACAACUCAGGAAUUCUAUCAAAGAAUCUCAUAGAUAGGUAACCCAAUUACUAGCCCAAUUACUAGAUUUUAAAGGAUCAUUAGUGCAUGCAUGUGUGCUAGAAGUUAAUUGCAAUGGGAGUAGUUAACAGCAGAUACACUGAGACGUACAGGAGAGAAAUCUUUGAUUUCAUGAAUCUUGCCAUUUACUAUAAAAUGCAAUAUCUUCAAUUAAAAAUGAGUUGUUUAUUUCAAUACACCCUGGGCAUUUUCAUAGUAUGAAACUGUUUUGUAGUCUUUCAAAUCAUUUUCAUUGAUUUCACAUUAUUUGUAAUAAUUCUUUCAUGACAUUGAAAAUCUCAAUCCGGCACAAACAAAUAAUUGAUAUUAGUUGAAAUUGUAACAAUGAGUAGUUAUUGACCUUGUCAUUGACAAUAUUUUAACCAAACCUACAUAUGGUGACAGAAAAUUGAGCUCUCGUGAACAUGAUGAUUUAAUGAGUAUUAUCCCUUCUGCAGUAUAUUCUACUUUCAUAAACAUUUUCUCGAUGAUAAAAUAACUCAAAAUGACUAUAUAUAUAUUUUUUUUAAUUUCAAAAGCAUUACUGACUGUGUUUGUUACCAUGAAUACUGCUAAUUACAGAUAUCUCGGUAAUGCUAUGAAUAAUUAAAAAUCACUGUAAUUCUAUUAAAAUUGAUAUUCAAUUUGCAUAUUUCUGUAGCUGCUCUGUAAUCUGAAUUAAAAAAAAAACAUCUACAAAGGAAUUCUGCACUCGUCAUGGUGCACCUCCAGCAUUAAUCAAUGCACAUUUAAAGCCAAAUUAAGCCUAUGCAUAUGCCAAGGUAAUGAUACUAAGAUAAUAAUUGAUGUUCAUAUGUUAAGGGUUUGCGAUCAUCUAAGCAUUGAUGAGACCUUUCAAUUUCCAAUACAAAAUUUUCCUAUACAAUUAGGAUAAAUGAUAGAGUAUCAGUGACUACUGGUACUGGUAGGAUUAUUUUAAGCUGUGUCUUAUACAACAAUGAUAAUAUUUAAAUUCCAUAGGCCCUUGUUCUUAAUCCAUGAUCUUAAUGCAUGCUAAAAAAAAUUAACCAAUAUUUUUGGUGUUUUUAUUCUGUGAGGUAUAAUUCUUAUGUUCACUUGUCUUUUUCUCCACACUUUGUUAAGAUAUUAUUUCCCAAAUUUUUAAUAAAUUGAGUGCCAAAUGUGCAGAUAAUUUACAAAAUUAUUCUGAAGAUUUGUGUCACUUCUAGCUAUCCAUAGUUGAAUAUCACUUCAGAGUAUGGGUCUCAUAUUUGUAAAUGUUUACAAGUAAAUGUGAUCAACACAGUUUGUCUAGAUGGGACAAUUUAUUUCUGCAUGAUAAUAGCAUUACAUUUGAAAUAUACAAUUAUAAUAGUAUCAUAGUGAUGUUAUUGGUUAUGUGAGUGGGUGAAUUGAUUAUGCUAUGAUUGUGACAAUCAUUGAUUUCUUCAUCUGUAACCUGUGUAAUCAUCUGUAAUUUGAUAAUAUUAAUAGACAGGAUGAUGUUAUUUGAAAUAAUCUAAUAAUGAUACUAUUGUAUGAUAUAUAUAAUGAU